AUGGCAAACCAAGGAGGACAAGAUGCGUCCAGAGCGGAUUACCCUGAGGGAAGCAACCCAGCGGUUGGCGAUGUCUAUAGCUUUAAAGACGACCCUGUCGUUGGGAGGUUCAAUAGGUUUGGCACCGAAAUGUCGGCGAUGGUCUCUGCCUUGACCCACGUUGUUUCUGCUCGCUCUCUAACAUCAUCUACAGUCGAUACUCACUCUUCUUCCUCUUCUGAUGGGCCAAAAGAAGAAAGGCGUGGAAUCAAUAGAGUAGACUCUUCCCUUGGUCCGAUCGGUGGAAACAAUGGUUUACCGGAAAAAGCAAAGGAGGAAAAUAGGAGAUACAGAGGAAUACGGCAGAGACCAUGGGGAAAAUGGGCGGCUGAGAUACGCGAUCCACAUAAAGCAGCUAGGGUUUGGCUCGGUACGUUUGAUACGGCAGAAGCGGCUGCCAGAGCCUACGACGAGGCUGCACUCAGAUUCCGUGGAACUAAAGCAAAGCUUAAUUUCCCGGAGGAUGUAAAGAUUCUUCCUCCUCGGCCUCUUCUUAUUCCACAAGCAGAUGAAGGAAAUGUGGAUCUGAAAGAUUUCUCGAGUUAUCCCGAGUUGUUGCAAAGCUCAGGCGAACGGACAUUUGCCUGCCAAGGACAAGAACUGAGAAACGACACAUUAGAACAUUCACCAAUGGAACAAACUCUUCUUCCUUUAAAGUCUGCUCCCAAAGCCUCUGAUUUUCGGGGGCCUUCUUCGGCCUAAUAUACUUUUCAAUUUAGAUAGAAAUAAGAAUGGCUUAGAAAACACACGAAUGAGCAGGUUACCAAUGAAAUAAGAAUUUUAUGUUUCUAUUAUUAUAUUGUCAACACUAUUUCUGUAUACAGUGUUAAGUGUUAAAACAACUUUU